AUGGCGGAUCAUCAGCAGGUGCGGCUGUCGAAUGAGGCUGCUGCGGCGCCAUCGGCGGCGGGGGAGGGGCAGCGGCAAGACAGGGGCGGCAGCAACGUCGACAACAACAACUUCAACAGGCCCUCCUUCUCGGAUUACUGGCAGGGCGAGAAGGAGAGUGAGAGGGCGGGACGGGUGCAGUUCGUGACUGAGGGGCCGCCGCCGGGCACCUCGGGUUUCUCAUCGGCGGCAGCGGUGACGGCACCCAGCACGAGCACCGCUGGACCAGCACCAGCGGCGGCAGGGUUCAUGUGA